AUGGCGCACAACAACGCUAGUGGUGUCACGAACCGCGAAAUUACGGACCCGUCGCGUGCAACCUCGAUCGAUCAAGUGUCAGUGAAGGUACCACCGUUCAUACCCACGGACCCGGAGUUGUGGUUUAUGAUGCUCGAGGGCGGUUUCGCAGCUGCGGGGGUAACUCAGGACAGCAUCAAAUAUGGCCAUGUCAUCAUAGCCCUCGAUCAAAGGUAUGCCCUGGAGAUUCGCGAUAUACUCAUGAGAGAGGAACGAUCAUACGAGCUUUUGAAGAGCGAGCUUAUCAAGCGCCUUGGCUCGUCGCGCGAGCAGAACACGCGUCGUUUACUAGAAAACGAGCCUCUCGGAGACCGCAAGCCGUCACAGUUUCUCCGACAUCUACGUGGCCUUGCCGGUAAGGAGUUCCCAGAGGACAUCUUGCAGACGCUCUGGUUAGGCCGUCUGCCUAGACAUGUCCAAGCACUCCUCGCGGCGCAUCGGGACCUCACGCUCGAGAAACGAGCCGAUAUCGCGGAUUCAAUUGCGGAUUUGUACGGACCAGUUGGACUCAUCGCGGAGACAACAGCCACCGCACCCUGCCCGGCUCAUGAUGACAGUCUAACCCGCAUGAUGACGGAGAUAGUGCAAAGACUCGCGGCCAUCGAGGUCAUUACGCAAGGAGCGCGUCAUCCUAUUGGCGGAUCCUGCGAAGCCUGCGAAGGAUCACGCUCACGUUCCCCGCCACGCUCACGCUCCCGGUCGCGUGCGCGAUCGCGGAGCCGGCUUCCUAGUGCAGCUAGCGAUAUUUGCUGGUACGGGGCGCUGGCAAGAAAUUGCACCAAGCCGUGUAAAUACGACGAUAAUUCAUCGGGAAACGAACAGGGCAGUCGCUAA